UUUAUUGUUAAUACUGUAUCUUAGUGUCUCUUCACUAAAAAGAUUAAAAAAUAAAAAAUAAAACCAAAAAACCCGUUUCGUACCUUAGCUACAUGUACUGCAAGUACCGCAGCCUUGGAACUUUGUCACAGCCCGACCAUCACCGACCAUCACCGACCAUCAAGGUUCUCAACCCUCGACCUGAAUUCUGCCCAUUUGCCCACAACCACCCUUUCUCCUCUUAACCUUUUUCCCCUUCUUGUAAUGAACGAGACGAAGAGCCUCAAUUCGUAAUAUUCCGUGCGGCACGGUGCCGAUCUAUCCUAAUCCCAGGUCUCAUCGUUGGCGCACUGGCCAAUACUUGAUCCCAUACCGAAGACAUCAAGUUCUAACAACUUCUUCACCCAGUCCACAACCCCAGAUCUUCAUGCCAAAAAGCUACCGACCUAGAAUUUCCUUUCCCGUAACGGGUCAUGUUUAGUCGGAACAUCGACCAUGACUAUGUAUGGAGGGAUGAACGACUCAAUCGAUCCCAAUGAUGCAACUUAUGGCCUCCCUCCUCUAACAUCGUCACCCUCAAUAGAGAGACUCACCAAUUCUCUCACACCUAAUUCUCACAACUUUGAUAACGCGUUUUCCUUUGGCCCGUCGUCUUCUCUCGAUACUAUCGAACCCUCGUCACUAGAUCUCCAUCAUACAUCUCAUGACGAUACUUGCCUAGACAAGUGCGUAGGCACCUUAAACCCCCAUGGGAUACACCGCAAUGCCUUUGGCCCGUCUUUUCCUCCUAGGAACCGGUUUACUGUCUCAGCUUUCACAUACCCUUAUCAUCUGUCUGAGAACAAUGUCUUCCAGCAGCCGAUGCAACAAUUCAACCAUUUAUAUCCGGAUCCUUUCCCGGAUAUGGGCCUGAAGUAUGACCUAAAUCACGACAUCAGGCCAGAGCACCAUGGCUCAUUUAGUGAGUCACUCCUUGGGAACAACUUCAAUGCCACGGACUUAGGGAUUCCGCAGUGCCCUGUUCCUGACGAUUGCGCUUCCGUGAAUUGUAGCAAAUUUUCAUGCUCGAGCGACUGUUGUUCCACCCAAGUCUGCCAAGAGGAGGAAUGUUCUGGAGAUGGUACGCCCUGUGACGACCUGCACUGCCUCGAUAGCACUACACAAGCCAUCGACGAAAUGUGGACUCUCAACCAAAGCUGGCAUAAUCCUAUACCAUCAGACCUACCCUUACCUCCACAUAACCCGCCUUGUAAUCACACCAACACCGAGCACGAUGUUGCCAUUACCCUGCGAGACUUGAGGGCGCCUGGUGCUUUGAACCCUUCGCAGCAGCAGCAGCAUGACUUCCAGCAGUUCGAGCGCCGCUUUCUUGAUGCAGCUGCAGCUGAGCACCAACUAGACCCUAUCCAACAACUCUCCUUACCUAUCCACCAUCAUCCAAGCCUCUCGUGUACCCCUGAGAUAGAUUCAAUACCGACUCCGUUGAAUGAAUCUUUUAAUGAGGCUGAAGGCACGACUCAACUUGUUUGCCAGUGGAUAAUAUCUCCUGGAGGAGAGGGUCAAGAUAUUUGCGGUCAUGUUUGCAAAGAUAGCUUUUCUCUCCAUGAGCACUUGUGUAGUGACCACAUUUCGUUGCUAACAAGCAAGACGAAAUAUCUCUGUCUCUGGAACGGCUGCCCCCGCCGUGGUGACCAAGUAUUCGCCUCUCGUAACAAGCUACGGCGUCAUCUUGCAACCCACACUGCUUACAAACCUCAUAAAUGCGCAAUAUGUGGCGAGGGCUUCUCAGCACAACAAGCUCUUGACCAACACGUGAGAACGCACACAGGCGAGACGCCGUAUAAGUGCGACUUUGAAGGAUGUGGCAAGUCUUUCAAGCAGAAGAGUGCUCUAACUAUGCAUAAGCGUACUCAUACAGGCGAGAAGCCACUGGAAUGCGACAUAUGCGGCAAGUGCUUCUGCGAAUCGUCCAACCUCUCGAAACACCGGAAGACGCAUAAUCCGGAUUACAGAUUCAAAUGCGAUGAGCCUGGCUGUACAAGUCAGUUCAUUCGAAUCGACCAGUUACGAAGGCAUCAGGCCAGACAUGAAAGACCGAAGAAGAAGCAAAAGACUCGAAUAGCGGCGGGACCAGCUUUCUCGCCUAUGUCACCAGAAAUACCGCGUAACACCAUCCUGGAGCAGGCUUCUAUUCAAGCUUAGGGGCCUUGGAUGUAUCCUCGUUUUACGUCUACUUGGGAACGAGCCAUGAAUCACAAAGCGAACUACAUACUGGAAGGCUCUUAGCCAGGGAGGGAUGAUAUCAUUGGGUUUGUAGCAUUUGAAAGAUUUAGGAGUACGUGGCUCUAAGCGGUCGGGAUUAUAGGCGGUAAAUUUUGGGGCACCAUACAUGAUAUGAUGUACAUAAUAGUGAUCAAAAGCGGGAGCGGGAGCGGCAGCGGCAGCGAUUCAAUCUAUUAAUUAGAGCGUCUUAUUAAACAAAGUACCGAAUUCUAAUAUUGCA